CUCCCACACCGCGCGCCACUUCCCAGCCCCUUCUUCCACCUGGCACUGGCCGUUGUUGCAAGUGAGACAGGUGGAGGUUAAGUUAUCAGAAAUGUGGAAGCCGGCGAUACGCACCAGCUGUGGUGGGAUGUCUUGCUCUUUACUCUGGUUGUAGUGUGCCAGUCUGUUUCUCUAAGGCCAAGGAAAGGAAAGAGGCGUGCGUGUGUUGUCACCACUGCCUCAAUGGAAGCUACAUGACUCUCUCUCUCUCUCUCUCUCUCUCUCUCUCUCUCUCUCUCUCUCUCUCUCUCUCUCUCUCUCUCUCUCUUUCUCUCUCUCUCUCUCUCUGUUUUCAGAGUAAAAGAAUAUGACAUCAUUUCCUUUCUUUAGUGUUUUCUGUGUUGUGCCCGAAACAAGUGUUCUAAGUGCGUCUUUUGCCGUGUCAAGAAAGGAGUGUUGCGUCUCCAGGUUACGUCAGAGCAACACACGCCCCGCAUUCCACCAUGGCAACCAACCCACAUCACGACAUGGAGGAAUUUCGUGAGAUACUUGAACACCAACCAACAACGGAUCUGGUCAUUGCUGUGCAGGAAGGAGACGAGGCAGGGGUGAGGUCUGCACUCGACAGGGGUGCCCGGCCCGAGGUCACAUUCGCUACUACUGCUGGGACGUCAUGGAAUCUGCUGAGUAUGGCUGCCAGCGAGGGCCACGACCACCUGCUGCCUCACUUACUGCAGGCGGGGUUAAGCAUAGAAGGUGGAGGCACCACUGACAUGACACCACUGAUGGUGGCUGCCCAGCGUGGUCACACCCAAACAAUGAAGGCAUUGCUGGACCUCGGCGGUAACCCUCUGGCCACGAAUAGAACAGGAUGGACAGCCCUACACUUAGCGGCAGAGUGGGGCCACCAGCAGUGUGUGGCGGCCCUCAUACCCGUCACCCCUCCCACUCCUGCACACCUCACGGUACUCACCCCGGUGCACGUGGCCAGUUAUAAUGGGCAGGUGGAGGUACUGGAGCAGCUGGCAAGUGCUAGCUGGUCCCUCACCGCCAGGGACAGUGAUGGCGACACACCCAUGCAUUAUGCUGCGACCGAGGGUAGUGUGACAUGUCUGCAAUGGCUGGAGCAGCAAGGGUGUGACCUGAGAGUGCAAAAUAAUGCUGGACAUACCCCGCUUGACCAGGAGCUGGCCACUGCUGUGCAGAAAGGAGACGAGGCAGGUAUGAGGUCUGCACUCGACAGGGGUGCCCGGCCCGAGGUCACAUUCCCCACUACUGCUGGGACGUCAUCGAGUCUGCUGAGUAUGGCUGCCAGCGAGGGCCACGACCACCUACUGCCUCACUUACUGCAGGCGGGGUUAAGUAUAGAAGGUGGAGGCACCACUGACAUGACACCGUUGAUGUUGGCUGCCAUGUGUGGUCACACCCAAACAGUGAAGGCAUUGCUGGACCUCGGCGGUAACCCUCUGGCCACGAAUAGUACAGGAUGGACAGCCCUACACUUUGCUGCACAAUGGGGCCACCAGCAGUGUGUGGCGGCCCUCAUGCCCGUCACCCCUCCCACUCCCGCACACCUUGUGGGAAUCACCACCCCCUUGCACGCCGCCAGUUAUAAUGGCCAGGUGGAGGUACUGGAGCAGCUGACAGGUGUUGGCUGGCCUCUCACCGCCAGGGACAGUGAGGGCAACACACCCAUGCACCAUGCUGCGGUCGGGGGAUGUGUAGCAGCUGUGCAAUGGCUAGAGCAGAGAGGUUGUGACCUACACGUGCAAUCGAAGGAUGGACACACCCCGCUGCAAUUGGCCAUGCAUUAUGGUCGCCACGAGAUGGAGACCUGGCUGGCUAAAAAUGGCGGCGGUGUUGUGAGGGAAAAGAUUCUCCGUGUGCAGGAAGUGAGGGCGUGGCGGAGCAAGAAUGAAGACCAACACAACGGCGUCUUGUCCCUGCUGGUGGCGGGCAACGAGGCAGACAUGAUCACCAUCCCUGAGGUUUAUGAUGGUCACGCGCUAAGCCAGGAUGGCCUGACGCCUCUCCACGCCGCGGCGCUGUGUGGGGCUCCCAGUGGUGCUGUGGAAGCUUUGCUGCGACGCGGCGUGAGCCCUCAUGUGAUCACCCCUGACAACAUGACCCCCGCUGACCUGGCACGGCAGCAAGGCCAUGACUCAGUGAUUAAGGGACUACAGAGUCACCAAUGUGAACAGAGCGGUGUGCCUCCUGAGCACCUGCACGAGGAGCUGCUCUCAACAGUCAGUCGCUGGGACGACGUACAGGCGGUGUCCACCCUCCUGUGUAAGGGGGCGCCCAUAGAGCUCCAGGGUGGCCAUUCCGUCCUUAGACUGGCUGUCACCACUGAUCGUACACACACCGUCAGCCUGCUGCUGGCUAGCGGUGCAUCGCUGUCUGCCAAUCUGCUGCAGGAGGCUUGGCAGAGCCCCGACGUCACUCAGAGGGUACUGGCCUUGCUCACCACCGCCUAUUGCUGCCGGCUGCGUGCAGAGCAGCGUCGCCUGGAAAAGGGCAACAGCGCCCUUGUCGAGGGCAUCGACAAUCUGGUGAAAACCAUCGAGGGAAAUACUCCCUGGCAGGCAGCCUGGCGAUGGGGAAAGGAGACUGACCGGCCAGCACUGAGCGACCUCCUAGCAAAGGCCGCGGCUGCCAACUGCCCCGUGACUGCCGCCUUCCUGCACAAGGCAGGAGGGUGGACAGUCUUUAAUGGAGCCUCUGGUGGCACUGCCCUCCACGCUGCCCUGGUAGUUGGCCACAGAGGCAUGGCAGAGCUGCUGAUCAGGAACCUUGGGGCCUGCCCCUACGUGCCGGACACACAUGGUCGCCUUCCAGUGCAUAUGAUGCCCAACGAGGAACAACAGUUGCUGGAGCAGAAGCUCUUUAUGGAGGAGCGUGGAAAACUGGAGAAUAUGGAGCUUCGCUUGAAGGCAGAUCACGAGAAGAUCGCAGCACGGACAGCGCUGUGUAUACAGGAGGUUCUUUUUAAGAGCCACAAGAAGGGCGAAGGUAAGAAUGUCUCCUCACCUGAUGGCCGCGCCGCCCUGCUGCUGGCCUCGCGCAAAGGUCUCCUGCAGCUGACUCAUCUUAUACUACAAGAGGGUUACUUCCCCGUGGACGAGGUGCUGGACGACACCUGCGGCACCACUGCCCUUCACCAGGCGGCCUCACAUGGCCAGGACGGCUGCGUGGCGCUGCUGCUGAGCGCCGGCGCCAACACACAGCAGCGCGACACCUAUGGCCAGACGCCCCGUCACUUGGCCGGCAUGUUUGGCCACAAAAGUACUUUUGAACUCCUUUCACACCAAGAGACGCAGGACCCUCCUUGCCACGCGGGCACCACGGCCACACAAGUGAGAGAAAAUUUUAAAAUGUUUCACAAUAUGUAUUAUAAAUAUAAGCGUAAUCUAUUAGAUACAGUUGACCGUCAUAACCCCGAAAGCGUCAUAGGAAAUCUUGUGAAAUCCAUAGGCCUGCAAGAGCUGCAGGAGGAGGCUCAGCGGGUGGCUGUGGAUCUAUCAAUGGGCGAGGCCCUUGAGGUAAAGGACGCGGUCAUGGCGGAAGUAGGCAUGAUUAUGAAUAAGGUGUCAGCCGCUGAUCCUACCUACCGCGGUGACCUGAGGCUGGCAGGCAGUUCUCGGGACGGCUCUAAGCUGUAUGCCCCUGACGAAUUUGAUAUAAACCUCGUGAUUCACGAGGAUAAUGUAGGAAUAACUGUUAGUCAGAGAAGGAAGGAGGAAGCCCCACUGAAGGGGAGGUUACAGAUUUCUGUAAAGACUGACAAUCCCCGCCUUGAGGGUAAUAGAUUUAUGGCCAGUUUGUACGAGGAGGUGCACCGGUGCCUCGCUGGCCAUACCCUACAGGACAAAAGACUGAGCCUGGUGCCGCCGGGCCUGACCAGCACGCAAGUGGGCGUGGGACUCUCUCUGGCCUGGCAGGGGCGAGAGUAUCCACUGUUGCUGGUCGGCGUGGACCUGGUGCCAGUGCUUGAGGUGCCAUGGCUGGAGCAAGUUUCCAGACCCUUCCUCACUCCUGAGGACACCACCACCAUGCAGCUCAGUAAUGCUGCUGAUGGAACAUGGCGCUGCAGCUUUGCCUUGACAGAGGCUGAGGUACUGGGGACGUUGACACCCGCAGAGCGCCAGGUACAGCUGAUGGGAAAAGUACUUCUUUCCCGCCUCAAGCCCGAGCGCUGGAUGCCUCGGCACAAAAAGAGCUUUUUCAAAUGGUUUGCCACACGGGAGUGGAGCAUCGCGGUGCCAAGCGGGUUCUGCUUCAAGAACGCGCUCCUGCAGUGGCUGGAGCGUAGGCGGUGGAGGGAGGUAGAGCUUGGGGCUGCUGGGCAGGAGCAGGACCACAUCAAGGAAUUAGGGGCAGGACAGGAGGAAGACCACAUCAUGGAGUUGGAGGCUGAACAGGAGGGAGACCAUGCGAAGGACUUAGGGGCUGGACAGAAGUGGGACCAUGCCAGGGAGUUGGUGCCAGGGUGGGAGGGGAACCCCGCUAGAUCGCUGGUGGAGGUGUUCAGAUUGAUGUGUGCGAAUCCAGAAGAGUCACGAGAGCACCUGACAACUCAAAACAGCUCUGCCUACUUUGGAGGAGACUGUGAGGGGCGGAAGCCUGGGGACGGGGCGCCCGUCAUCGUGCAGUGUCUGGAGGAGGGUUUGGAAAAGUUGUGCUCUGGCUCGGCCUCUGCCAAGACAACCAAGCCGCGGCGACGAAAGUAUUAGUUGCAGAAGAUGCAGACAUGUGUAAUCAUUAGCUGUGAGCUGAAUUAAUUGAUAAUAAGCUUAUAAUUUUUUUAUAUUCAUUUGCAAAAGCCAGUGACAUUAAGACAUCAAGUAUUUUGUAUAGGUUUAUUAAGACUAUGUAUGAUCUGGGUGUAUAUAAAGCAGUUUGGCUUGAUAAGAUAAUUACAUAUAAGUUAUAAAAUCUAAGUGUAAUGUCACAUUUGUACAAUCAAGUACCAAAUGCAAAUGGUAAUUAGUUGAAAGAAACUUUAAGUUAAGGAUUUGUGAUAUUUAUAGGCAGGAUUGUCUGAAGAAAUUUAUAACGCCCAGCAUGUCUUAAUUAUGGGAUGAUGACAAUGGAAGGAAAAUUACACAAGUAUUUAUCUGUUCUCCGUAAACAACACUCAUGUGCCAUAAGUAUGUUCAAGUGUGCAAAUCAUAAGCUGCCUAUUGUAAGUGGUAGGUGAAGGAAUAUAAGUGUAGAAAAGUGGGUCUGUUCUUUAUGUGAUAGAUAUGUAAUAGAUGUAUGACCAGUUUGUACGAGGAGGUGCACCGCUGCCUCGCUGGCCACACCCUGCAGGAUGAAAGACUGAGCCUGGUGCCGCCACAGGCCUGACCAGCACGCAAGUGGUGGUAUAUAGUGAUAUAGGGGAUGAAACUUAAUAUUUAUCCAAAUAUCCUUUUUUUAAUAAUUAGCUGAAAAAUACAUCAAGAAAUAUUGCUUUACUAACGUCAAUGAAAUAAAAAUAGGGGAAUUAUCUGGAACGAGAAACAUGACUAUCUUGUUAAAUAGUGUUAAAAUAAUCAAAUAAGUAGCUUGUUAUUUUAAAGAAAACUUACAAGAAGUAAUUGUUACCUGAUAAGUGAUGUCUGUAUUUAAUAUGCACUAUGUUACAGUUUGUACUCUCAUACCCCGCUUGGGGUCGCUUUCAAAUCUUUCAAGUACACAUAUCAUAUUUGCAAACUUAAAUAUGUAAAUAAAUCAUUGCCUCGUAUUUUUCCAUAAACACAAAACUAUUCCUCUCUGUAUUAUGAAAAGUGUUGUGUGAGUAAACCAAACACAAAAA